CCAUUGAUUCAUGAUUGGAUGGAACAUCUUCAGCAAACUAUGAGAAAACAGGAGCAAGAACAGAUUGCUAAUGCAACUGAUUUUGCCAUGCCAUUUAUAGCGAUUCCAGCAUCUACUAUGAAAGCUGCUUUCAAGAUAGCGGAAUAUUUGGAGUUAGAGCCAAAUGUCAAGUAUAUGGCUGUUGAACUGUACGACAGAUUCAUGUGUAAACACUUUUGGGAGCUUUUUAAGACUGAGUUUGUAAAUGAUCCAUCUGAAGCAUCAUGGUUUAAAAUUUGCAAGAAAAUUUCUAAUCAAACAAAAUUAAAUCUAAUGUCAUGUUUUCAAUUGGCGUGCAAAAUGGAUUCUCAUUCCAGUAUUUUAGGAAUACCGCAAAUUCUUAAUAUUUUAUAUCUGAUUGACAAAGAAUCUGAAUAUACGCGAAACAUGAUUUCCUCUUCGGAAAUUAAAGUUUUCAAAACAGUAGGAUUUACAAUGCCCCUUUACACACCAUUGCACUGUAUCGAAAUUCUUCUGGCAGCGACAGGUCUCGGAGAAACACCAAAUACGUUUAACAUUUCGAUAGAUUUAUUGGAUUUGGCUUAUCUAAAGGUUUAGACAUUAUCUAAUUUAUUUCUUCAUACAAUUGACAUUUAUACAAUACAUAUUUCACUAAAUUGUACAUA